ACAAAGACAGGAAUCUCAUUCCAUGUGCAAUCUUCGUCAACGAAACGUGACUUUGUCAUCUUUGAUAUAGUUACGGGUACCGUUGUUCAUUUGAUUUUGAAGAUAUUUUGUCUUCAUCUUCAAAAAUAGAGCAACAACUUAGAAAACGAAAGCACACUGACUUGGUGUGCAGGUCGUCUAGUCCGACCAUGGCGUCUCCAAACAAUGAUGAUCAGGGACAGGGAAAAGAAACAAAACGAAAGAAAGAUUGUGAUACAGGUCAAGAAAUAAAAUCAGUAGAUUAUGACAUUUCUUGGACACAGACGUACAGUGAUGUUUCUGCGGUCUUCAAGUUUAAAUCCAAAAUUGAGAGAGCAAAUGAAAUUGAUGUCCAGUUUCAGGAUAACUUAAUACAAGCUUUUUUCCCAAAUGGAAGCUGCUGGUCUUAUCGAUUGUUUGGAGAAGUCAGGAAAGAAAAGAGUCGAGUGAUUGUUAAAGGAUCACGGAUGGAACUGAAAAUGGUGAAGAAAAUUGCGCAGAACUGGCCGACCUAUCAGGAGGUCGUAGCCAAAAAGGUCCCUGAUGAGGAGACGUCCGAUAAAGCCGGGCCUUCUGAUCUCCAAACAGGACAGAGGGGACAUACAGAGGAUGAAGACAGUAAGGAGAAAAUAGAAAAAGAUGAAGAACCCAUCUUCUACAUUGACCACAUCAAACAUGACUUCUUUGAAAGGGAGGACAAGUUUGUUCUUCACAUUUAUGUAAAAGGUACAGGAAAGGAUGCUGUCAAAGUGAUCUUUGAGAAAAGUGUGUUCCUUGUCAAGUUCCAAACACAGGAUGUCAAGUUUCUGAAGCUACAUGAGGGCACUUCUGAAGACACUGCAUUCUGCUGGAAGGUGAAAAUGAGAAGGGACAUCAAGCCCGAGAUGAGUACAUACAAGGUGACUGGCACAUACAUAGAGCUUGUUCUGAAGAAACUGUCCGCCGAACGCUGGGGGUGUUUGGAGGCUCCACAGAGAAGAGAGACUGAUAGUGCAAAGUCAGAUUCCUGGAUAUCAACGAAGAAGCCAACAGCCACAAGCAGCACAGGGCUGGCAUUUGAUGAGAUGAGUAAUGUGAAUGUAGACAAGUACCAGGCCAGCGUGUCAGACACGGGCCACAGUGACCGAGAGGAGAGAAGUGGAGUGUCAAACGCAAAUGACAAUAGCAAGAAGCCAACCUGUAAAGUCCAGCCUCUCAACAAGCUGGAUGGUCAGCAGAUGGUCAGCCCGGGCUACACUGGCCUUGACAACCUUGGCAACACCUGCUUUAUGAACAGCGUUCUGCAGGCACUCGCCAACACCAGGGAGUUCCGAGACUUCUUCCUGGAUGGGCGGUUCCAGCAGGAGAUCAAUCAAGACAACCCGCUCGGUACAGGAGGUAAUCUGGCAGUGUCCUUUGCAGUUCUGCUCAAGAGCAUGUGGUCAGGGAAGAAGUACUCUGUGGCUCCUGGCAAACUCAAGGACAUUGUGUCGAAGAAGGCCAGUCAGUUCACAGGCUUUGCCCAACAUGAUGCUCAAGAGUUCAUGGCGUUCCUCCUUGACGGGCUUCAUGAGGACCUGAACCGAGUGAAGAAGAAGCCAUACACAGAGACCGUGGACUCAGAUGGGAGAGCAGACGAGGUUGUUGCUAACGAGUCCUGGGAUGUAUACAAGAAGAGGAACGACUCAGCUAUUGUGGACCUGUUUCAAGGACAGUACAAGUCAACACUUAUUUGUCCUGUAUGCAGCAAGGUGUCGAUCACGUUUGACCCCUUCUUGUAUUUGUCCGUUCCACUACCUAAAAAGUGUCGACUGUUGCCCAUCACAUUCAUGUGGAAAGAUCCCUUUGGAAGGAAGCCAGUCCGGUACUUGGUUCGCCUACCCAAAGACUCCCGUGUUGAACAACUCACAGACGACCUCAGCAAAAAGACAGGGGUCAAACAAAAAGAUAUGCGGGUGUUUGAGGCGUACCGGGGGAAGAUUCUCAAGGUUUUCACACGACGCGCAAGUCUGUCUAGCGUCCAGAUCAAUGACACCAUUGUUGUUGCUGAAGUAUUGUCAGAGGAAGUGGCAGGAGAAGCCGUUUAUGAAGUACCUGUGAUACAGAGAACACUGAUGCCCAACCAGGCUCCCUUGAGGUGCUCUCAGUGCCGGAAGCCACCUGCAGCGGGGAUCAAGCUCAAGCGGUGCACCAAGUGUUUCAAAGUUGGAUACUGUGAUCAGGCCUGCCAGCGAUCUCACUGGCAAGUGCACAAGUCAAGCUGCAGUGUGAUCCCGGAGCCUGUAGGCUGCCCCUUCAUCGUCAGUAUACCAGAAUCUCGGGCGACCUUCUCACGGCUCGGGAAACUCAUGGAAGCAUACUCAAGGUACUCCGUGGAUGUCUUCCAGCCCCCUGUGCAGGCCGUGCCGCCCACCAAGCUGUCCAGCCAUCCCUCCACCUCCAACCUCAGCUCCUCCUCCAGCAGCCAAUCAAGUGGCAGCCUCAACAGCCUUGACAGUCAAUCAUCAUCAGCCAGCACUCACACACUCACAGCAGAUGCUGAGCAGGCCUUGGAUGACGACUGUGACACUGGCAUUGAGAGCAGCAGCACCACAGCAUUAGCAGGGAGCGCCACAUCACUGGACAUGGACCAAAACCUCACCCACAUGCCUCCAACCAUUGCCUCGAGUGAGAGUUUCGGUAAUGAUGACAUACCGGAGAGUGCCUCCUUGGAUCAAAGUGCGUCAAGGAACUUCACUGUGGGUAGUUCGGGACAAGCCGACGAGAUCUUCCCUCCAGAUCAGGCUAAGGUGUCGUCCAGAUCGAUCCCCACCAACCCUGUCCUGGGCAUCCAGACAGAGGAGUCCGAGAGGGCCAUGCCGUUGUUCCACAUCAAGCCGGUCAAUAACGACGGGGAAGGACUGAGGGGCCCUGAUGGGGAGAGACUAGAAGAUAAGGGAGAGGUACCCCUAGACUUGACGAGCCGGCGAUUUCUAUCCAUGGACUGGAGAAACAGUGACAAGCUUGCGUCCUAUGUGUUGGUCCAGUCUAAGGAGUUGGAUGCGGAUGAUGAUGAAAGCAUGCAGACGGCACAAUCUGAUGACUACUCCAAUAUCACACUGGACCAGUGUCUGGAGGUGUUCACCGAGCCCGAGAUGCUCAGCCGAGACGAAGCCUGGUACUGCCCACAAUGCAAGAAGCACCAGGAAGCAACGAAGCAGAUGUCAAUAUGGCGGCUCCCACAUCUGCUUAUUAUCCAGCUGAAGAGGUUCUCCUUUAGAAACUUCAUCUUUCGGGACAAGAUCGACAAAAUGGUGGAAUUUCCUACAAGAGGUCUGGACCUGUCCAAGUUUAUCCUGGGGAAGACGCCCUCGGCACAGCAGCAUCCUGUGUAUGAUCUCUACGGCGUCAUAAACCAUCACGGAGGCAUCUUGGGCGGCCAUUACACCUCCUACGUACGCUGCACCGACACUGUUGACCCUCUGAGGAAUGAAGUUGAUUGGCGUCUGUGUGAUGACAGUCGAGUGUCAUCAAUCAGCAAUGAGAAGAACGUAGUCACCAGAGCCGCCUAUCUCCUGUUUUACCGACAACGAACAAAUGAACCAAUCCUUCCACCUCCGUCAAGUGAGUCGUCCGAGGAGGAACAAAACACUGAACAAACCAAACUUAUCACAGACUCAAAUGUCAAACUGUCAGCCACUGCCGACGGCGCCACCAAACAUUCUCAGAACUUGUUGGAGAAGGGGUCCAGUGACAGUGAUGAGGCUGGAGAAAUAAGGGGAGACAACCAGGACAAUCGGACAACCUAUAGGGACCUCGGUUACACAGACAUGGAUGCUGUGGACUGAGAGCAUUCAAUCACAAUUAUUUAUAACAUCACACAUCUUCCAUCAUGGAUAAAUGCCAUAUUUAUUCAGAUCAUUUGUCAUGUGUCUUUAUGCUUUACCAGUUGAGUUUAAUUUACCACAUCGGGCUGACUGAGUGAGUGAGGGAUUUUUUAGUAAUACAUGUAGUUACCUUUGUCAGGACUAUUAGAGCUAUCUGAAGAAUUUCAUUUUUGUCCAGCUAUGGUUGUGUGAGUGAGUGAGUGUUGUUUUAUGCCACAGAGAACAAUUGUAGCUACAAAUGUAUAUCACGGCCUUAUUCAGACGACAUAGUCUGUGCCUGACUGGCUAACAACAUGAGAACCUAUACUGAUCCUCAUUUAAGUAACUCGAUAUGUCUAAUGUACCAUUGCCCACUAGAAUGUCAUGAUGACUGCAGUGCAUAAAUUAAUUUCCAAAGUUCAUUGGCUGGAGGUCUUGUUAACACUGUUGCCAGCCCUCAUCAUAUUUUAGUAGUCCAAAACGCUUCUGAUAAACUACAAAAUGACAACAGACUUAGACUUUUGAUUAUUUGUAGAAAUAAAUAGGUAUUGACUAGAAGUUUCAACUGGAAGUUGGACCAGCUUUACGGAAAUGUUCCUAGCCCAAUUUCAAAGUCACAGGCAUUUGGCUAGCGGGCAGGCAGCUAUUUCAGACACUGAUGAUGAGCAUCGUCAAUACUUCACAUGCUUUCUCCGACACCCAUGAAUCCUGUAUAUGAAUCCUGAUUAUGUUUCUAGGUUUGUCAGCACCAUAUCUGUGCUCGUGGGUUUCACCAGAGUGGUAAAUGUCUAAGACCUACAUCACUUCGGGCUUUUUUCCCACAUCAAGCUGACACACCGUGAUAUAACUGGAAUACUGUUAAAAGCGACGUUAAACCCAACUCACACUCACUUACAACUAACACAAGGGUGAUUAUAGGGAAUUUUCACAUAUAUCUGAUUGUUAACAACUAUAUGUGAAAGUCUGACAAGACAGUCACUUUGUAAAACAGUGACUGUCUAUCCAGUUUGUCUAAUCACUAUCAAUAUGUAAAUGUUAUAGCACUGAAUACAGGCGAGCUGCUCUACCGUGGGUACACUGUUUCUAAAUGACAGAUUAAUAGUCUCAAGGCUAAUGACAAUCUUUGGUUAAAUAUGGCUUCAUCCAUUGAAAUGCACAUUUACAAGUCAUUGAAAUAUCAUCUUUCUCCUCUCCAGGAACAGUAGCUUUGACUUCAUACAAUGUACUCUCCAUUUGGACCUUACAAUGUGUAAAAUGUUCACGUUCUCUUGUUUCUUCAUGUAAGUCUGUGAUGGCUGUUGUACAGGUGUGAGACUACACGUGACAAACUUGCACAAUCGGGUGCUGUGGCUGAAAGACAUUAACAGUUUUUUAAUCAAAUAUUAAUAUGCAGGAAUUCAGCCUCUUGGUUUUGUUAGACUAUUUGCACCUUUGUGAAAGGAAAGGCAAAUGGGGGAACAAGCUGUAAACCCUGGUUUGACACAAGCAGCCCCAAAACACAGAUGGAAGUGACUGCGUCCAUAGCAUCAUCAUCUCAACUCCAGAAUGAGGAAUGUUGCUUAAAUUUCCGCACAAAUUUUAUAAGUUAUGGCUCUCCUGAUGCAUUUAUAUCAAUUCAACACUAAGUUUUUUAAAGAAAUUAUGGAACCUUUUGAUGGUGAAAUAUGUUGCAUUUACAAAGUACUAUAAAUAUAUCGUGAAACUCGCCAUGAAUAGUUGCAAGAAGCUGAUGACGCGUCAGGUAAUAUUUACACACUCGCUUGCUUAUGUCACUAAACAUGUGAAUAUCCAAACUUGUUUUGUCCAUUUUCAAGCGACUAAAAUGAAUGCAACUAAUUUAUUGUUUUUUGAGAACCUUGUCUCAAUGUGCUUCUACAGACAUUUAUAAAUGUUUUUUAUCAACUGUUAAUUCAAUAGAUGUUGUACUUUGAUCCUGUUUGCACUCUUUCACACGGAGUCAGCAUGCUAGGGAUUAAAUUGUGAUGAUUGUUAGUAGCCCCUUGAAACACGACUGAUUUACAGCUUUGUUGGACUUUGACCACCGCUGCUACCAUCUGAAUUUUUCUACUCACUACACAAAGAUUAUUGACAUUUAGGUAUUAUUCUUCUGUGGACUUAUCUCAAAUAGCCAUGGGGAAUUCAUUUGGCAUAUGUCUUGAAAAUGUGAAAGGUCAAGGUAACAAGAAAGAGAAAUCUCACAGAAAAGUUUGUGGUUAUACUCAGAACAUAGUUAUGCAUUUAUCAUUUACCAUCUCUAGGAUGGGGCCUUGCUUUGAAAAGGUUGAGGUCAAAAUAAGUCAAGGUUAUCAUUAAGGUCAUAUAAGUCAGUUUCUGAGCCGUGGUUAACUCAUCAGCCAUGAAACUCUGUGUUUACACGUAUCUUUACAAAUGCUACCACAUCUAAUGUUGGUGCGGGGGCAUGGGUGGCCCAGUCGUCUAAGGCGCCAUGGUUCGCUGUGAAGAGUUGCGUCCUUUGGGCACACCAGAAACCUAUGAUUGUGGGUUCAAAUCCCGGUUUCCCCCGAUUAUGU